UUGAACUGUCAAAAUUCUUUUAGUUCUUUUCGGUGGAACAACACGUUGCACUUUUUGUUAAAAGUUUAUUUAAAUUUUAUGCAAAAACUUAAUAAAUUCUAAAUAAAUAAACUUAUAAAACAGCAAAUACGCAGCUACAACAAAAGCAUGGCUAAUGUGGAGCGCAAAGGCACCUUUAAGGUGGAAUAUUUACAAAAAAUCGAACAGGAAGUGCAACAGCGUUGGGAACAAGAACAUCUACACGAAACCGAUGCUCCAGCAGAACCCAAAAAAUCUCAAGAUGAGAAAUUUUUCGUUACCUUUCCAUUUCCCUAUAUGAAUGGUCGCUUACAUUUGGGUCAUACGUUCUCAUUGUCGAAGGCUGAAUUUGCCAUACGCUAUCAGCGCUCCAAGGGUAAACGUGUUUUGUGGCCUUUUGGUUUUCAUUGUACCGGCAUGCCCAUUAAGGCAUGUGCUGAUAAAUUGAAACGCGAAAUGGAAGACUAUGGUUAUCCACCACAAUUUCCAGCUGCCAGCGAAGAGGUUGCUCCUGUAGAAACUUCUCAAGUCGAUGUGCCUAAAGAUAAGUCGAAGGGCAAGAAGAGUAAGGCUGUGGCUAAGACUGGUACGGCCAAAUAUCAGUGGCAAAUUAUGCACAGUUUGGGCUUAAAGGACGAGGAGAUUAAGCCUUUUGCCGAUGCCGAGCAUUGGUUGAAUUAUUUCCCACCUUUGGCUGUUAAGGAUUUGAAGAGGAUUGGUAUACAUGUGGAUUGGCGCAGAACUUUCAUAACUACCGACGUAAACCCCUUCUAUGAUUCUUUUGUACGCUGGCAAUUUAUGCACUUGAAAAAUCGUGGCAAGGUCAUGUAUGGCAAACGUUACACCAUCUAUUCACCUAAGGAUGGCCAACCCUGCAUGGAUCACGAUCGUUCGAGCGGUGAAGGUGUUGGACCCCAAGAGUAUACAUUAAUUAAAAUGAAAGUUUUGGAAAAACCAGCUAAAUUAAGUGCCAUCAAAGAACCGGUUUACCUGGUAGCUGCUACCUUAAGACCUGAGACUAUGUAUGGCCAAACCAACUGUUGGCUACAUCCCGAUGUUAAAUAUAUUGCAUGGCAAACCACACGCAACAAUGAGGUUUGGAUCAGCACAAGACGUGCUGCCAGAAAUAUGUCCUAUCAAGGUUUCACCGCCGAGGAGGGAAAAAUUGUUGAAUUGGCUGAAUUAACGGGACAAGAUCUUAUGGGUACACCUUUGUCCUCACCCUUGACUUCCCACAAAACCAUUUACACUUUGCCCAUGUUGUCCAUUAAAGAGGACAAGGGUACUGGUGUGGUGACCUCAGUGCCAUCUGAUUCUCCCGAUGAUUAUGCAGCCUUAAUGGACUUGCAAAAGAAGGAGGCUUUUAGACAAAAGUAUGGCCUCACCGAUGAAAUGGUUUUGCCCUAUGAACCCAUAUCCAUUAUUGAGGUGCCCAGUUUGGGCAACAUGUGUGCUAAGCAUGCCUACGACUUGUUUAAGAUUCAGUCUCAAAAUGACAAAGACAAAUUGGCCGAAGCUAAGGAACUGUGCUAUCUUAAGGGCUUUUAUGAUGGUGUCAUGUUGGUGGGUGAACACAAGGGCAAGAAGGUGCAGGAUGUCAAGAAAGACUUGCAAAAACAAUUGGUCGACUCCAAGGAGGCUGAUAUUUACUAUGAACCAGAAAAGACCAUUAUCUCUCGUUCUGGAGAUCAAUGUGUGGUGGCCCUGUGCAACCAAUGGUAUUUGAACUACGGUGAAGCUGAGUGGCAAGCCCAGGCCUUCAAGAUUUUGGAAAAAAUGGAAACAUUCCAUGAGGAAGCCCGCAAUAAUUUUGAACAUUGUUUGAAUUGGCUGCACGAGUAUGCCUGUUCUCGUACUUAUGGUUUGGGUACCAAACUGCCCUGGGAUGAACAAUGGCUCAUCGAAUCAUUGUCCGAUUCCACCAUCUAUAUGGCCUUCUACACCGUCGUCCAUCUGCUGCAAGGUGGCUCCUUCCGUGGUGAAAAGCCCAGUCCUUUGGGUAUUAAAGCCGAAGAUAUGACUUCCGAGGUCUGGGAUUAUGUAUUCUUUAAGGAGACUCCUUAUCCCAAGUCCACAAAGGUGAAACAAGCUACUUUGGAUGUUUUGAGAAGAGAAUUCGAAUAUUGGUAUCCCAUGGACUUGAGAGUAUCCGGCAAGGAUUUAAUCCAAAACCAUUUAACAUUCUCGCUCUACAAUCAUGCUGCCAUUUGGCCCAAAGAUGAAACUAAAUGGCCCAAAGGCAUGCGUGUCAAUGGCCAUUUACUUUUGAAUUCCUUGAAAAUGUCCAAAUCCGAUGGUAAUUUCCUUACUUUGCAUGAGGCCGUAGAUAAAUUCUCGGCUGACGGCAUGCGUUUGUGUUUGGCCGAUGCCGGCGACAGUGUAGAAGAUGCCAAUUUUGUAGAAAGCACCGCCGAUGCUGGUAUUUUAAGAUUGUACACCUUCAUUGAGUGGGUCAAGGAAAUGUUAGCUGCCCGUCCGGCCAUGCGCAAGGGAUCUCAGCAUACGUUCAACGACAAAGUCUUCAUCAGCGAAAUGAACUUGAAAACCAAACAGACUGAUGAGCACUACAAGAAAAUGUUGUUCAAAGAGGCUUUGCGUACUGGUUUCUAUGAACUGCAGCUCACCAGAGAUAAAUACCGUGAAUUGUGCGGUACUCAUGGCAUGCACGUGGAUUUGGUAUUUGAAUUCAUACGCCGUCAAGCUUUACUCAUGGCUCCCAUCUGUCCCCAUGUGGCAGAACAUGUUUGGGGUUUGCUGGGCAACAAACAGUCUAUACUGCAUGCUCAAUGGCCAGAGGUGGGUGCCAUUAAUGAAAUUGAUAUCAUGUGCUCGGAAUAUUUAAUGGAAGCUGCUCACUCCUUCCGUUUGAAUUUGAAAAAUCUUUUGCAAGUCAAGGGUAAGGGUGGCAAGGAAAAGGCAGUAGCUCCCACCUCCGUAAAACCUAAUAGGGCUUUAGUGUGGGUAGCCAAAACUUACCCUCCAUGGCAAUGCUGCGUGCUCGACACCAUGAGAGAUUUAUACACACCCACGAAUUCAUUUCCGGACAAUAAGGUGAUUGCUGCCACUCUGCAAAAGAAGGAGGAACUGAAAAAGUUCAUGAAACGUGUUAUGCCCUUUGCUCAGAUGAUACGCGAAAAGGUGGAGAGCGGUAAAGGUUUGGCUGCCAUGGCUGUUAAUCUUGAGUUUGAUGAACGUCAAGUUUUGCUGGACAACUUGGAAUAUUUGAAGAAUACUUUGGAUUUAGAGGCUUUGGAAGUAAAAUACACCGAUGAUGCUUCGGCACCCGAAAAGACGAGAGAAGAAGUAAGGCCAGGCAAUCCCUUUAUUGCGUUCACCGUUGCUCCUCAUGUUACCGUCACAUUCACCAAUCCCAUUGAAAGGUCUAGCCUCUUUCAAGUCAACACCGUCGUUUCCGAGGGCGAAACGGUCAAAACACUGCGCGAAAAAUUAGCAAAAAUUUUGAGUUUCAAAGCUGAUUUAUCUACAUUACACAUGUGGCGUUAUGAAGAUCCCGUUUUGGGACCCCGCCAAUUGCCCGAAUUCCAAGAUUACAAAAAGGGUAAGAUAGCUUUAACUGCUGGCUCGUUGCUAUUGGACAUGGAGAAACAGCAGAUUACUUUGGUGGAAGAGAAUGGUACAUCGACACCUGUUGGACGUAAUUUUAUCUAUGUUGUGGAGUAAUUUAAAGUAUUUUUUUAAAAUAUUUUCUUUCUUUUUGGUUUAAUUUUUUUUUUAUUUUCUUUAUUUUUAAUUUAAUGUUCUUAAUUCUUUGGAGUCUUUAUUUAUGAAAUAAAAGUAAAUUAUGCAAAGCAUAAUGAAAAAGCUAUGAAAUGAAA